UUGGCCGUUGCCACGCUACGGCGCGGCGGCAGUGCCACGUCCCGUGUGUUUGGGAGGCGGCGGCUGGGUUCAGGUAUCGACCGUAUUCCGUGUUCGUGAGUCGGCGGUGCGGCACAGUCAAGCGCGGGGCUUCGAUCAUCCGCAGGGAAUACAUUCCAGAUCACAGCUCGCAGUGAUCCAGAAAACUGCUGUGAUCUUUUUGCCAGUUAAUGCACCUGUUAAAAUCAGAUCCAACCACUCGCCUACAAGUCAGGGGCAUUGUGCAGUGGCUAAUUAACCCUUGGGAUGCAGCAGGGAACAGAGCACCUGGAAGAUUACAGAGAGAACAUUCAGACUCCACACCAGAGGUGAAGAUGAAAGCAUUGAUUUUGGUUGGAGGCUAUGGUACACGGUUACGACCUUUAACGCUUAGUGUUCCAAAACCACUGGUGGACUUUUGCAACAAGCCAAUUCUUCUGCAUCAAGUGGAGGCUUUAGUAAAGGCUGGAGUAUCACAUGUGAUUCUUGCUGUCAGCUAUAUGUCCGAGAUGCUGGAGAAGGAAAUGAAGGAACAGGAACAGAGGCUGAAUAUUCGUAUCUCAAUGUCUCAUGAAAAGGAGCCCUUGGGAACAGCUGGACCUCUGGCUCUGGCCCGUGAAUUGUUCGCUGACAGUACGGAGCCUUUCUUUGUCCUAAAUAGUGAUGUCAUCUGCGACUUUCCCUUCCAGGAGAUGGUCCGCUUUCACAAGCAUCAUGGGAAGGAGGGUACCAUAGUGGUUACUAAAGUGGAGGAACCUUCCAAAUAUGGGGUGGUCAUAUAUGAAGCAGAGAUUGGACGGAUACACCGAUUUGUGGAGAAACCUCAGGUGUUUGUGUCAAACAAAAUCAAUGCGGGAAUGUACAUCUUCAGCCCCUCAGUUUUGAACAGGAUACAGCUCAGGCCAACAUCAAUAGAGAAGGAGAUUUUUCCUGUCAUGGCACAGGACGGGCAGCUGUAUGCCAUGGAGUUGCAAGGAUUCUGGAUGGACAUUGGGCAGCCCAAAGACUUCCUGACUGGGAUGUGCAUGUAUUUGCAGUCCCUCCGACAUAAGGCACCGGACAGAUUGCACCAAGGGCCUGGUAUUGUUGGAAACGUGCUGGUGGACCCAAGUGCACGAAUUGGAGAGAAGUGCUCCAUUGGUCCCAAUGUGACCAUCGGCCCGGGAGUGGUAGUUGAGGAUGGGGUGCGGAUAAAGCGCUGUACAGUGCUGAAGGGCUCACGAAUUCGCUCCCAUUCCUGGCUGGAGUCCUGUAUCAUUGGCUGGAACUCUGAUGUGGGUCAGUGGGUGCGGAUGGAGAACGUGGCAGUCCUGGGAGAGGAUGUGAUUGUAAAAGAUGAACUCUACUUGAAUGGAGCUAACGUCCUACCUCACAAGUCUAUCGCUGACUCUGUGCCAGAGCCCAAGAUCAUCAUGUAGGUCGUGGCUGUUACCUGCACCCAAGCUCAAGGGCAGAGCGCUCUAACCUGCCAGUGGGUGGAUCAGAGUAAUGAAUAAGGGUUGGGUACUUGGAUAACUCCCCUUGCAGCACCUGAAUUCAGACUGACAAAUCACUAAAGAUGCUGUUAUUUAGGCUGCGUCAUCCUACCAACUGUGUCAGAGGAGUUCAGCUUAAAAUAUGAUUUGCCUUGAAGUACUUGCAGCUUGUAAUUAUUUCAGGUGACUCUGUGAAGGGAGUAGCUCUUAUGCAAGAUUAGAUCCAGUAAAUCAUUUCCUAGGGAGGGUGGCUUUUGAAAUAUUACAUGGGAAAGAUGGAUCCCUAAAGGCAAAGCUCUAUGUUAACUCUACAACAUCUAGCCAGUCCUCGAAAUAAAGCAGGGCCUUUGGUCACUACGUGGGUAAUUUAUUGAUGGGGUUCCACUCUUGUCCACUUGAACUGAGUUCUAUAAAACAGCCUUGAAGACUAUAGCCUUCACAUGUUACAGAAUUAAGACCAAGAGUCACACCCAGUUUUCUAGUUGUUCUGGCUGCAGGUGACAGCCGGAACCUUAACUGUAGUUCCACAUAAUGUGGGCUCUGACAUUAUUGCACUGUGCUGAUUAAUGAGAGAUUAAUGCAGUUUGCUCUGUACCCUGUAGUUUAAAGUUUAUUUUCCCUACAUGCAUGUGCCUGUACAGGCUAGAAUGUUUAGAAACGUAAGCAUUUACCCAAUGUGGUAAAACAAAGACCAAUACUAAUUGUGGGAGUUCCAAUUUAAUUCCUCAUGGGUUUCUUAUUGUGAAUUAUUUUUAUUAAUUUGUACACAGUUUCUAUACAAUGUCAUUUAUUUGGAAAUGGGAGAUUUCUUGCUAUCAGAAGGCAACAUUUAAUUUCUUCAGUUGGAGUAGUUGUGAAAUUGGCCAUUGAAGUGCCUGUAAAUGAUUGGGGCCUCUUGUUCUAUUUUAACAUGAUAAAUUCUGAAUUUUUGUGCAAAUAUACUUUAAAAGAAGCAUACCGGCUCUAGCAGUACUCUUAUGUAGUCUGUGUUAAAUGUAAUCCAAUCCAAAGGCUCUUAUUAUGUUAGUCUCAUCAUUAAGCAUGGCCUAUGGCCACAAAUGUUGUACAAAACUGAUUAUUACAAUCUUUGAAGAUUAAUUGAAAGUAGUUAAUGGAUAAUCACAAUGAAUGAACACAAUAUGUCCUUGCUGUAUAUUCAAGAGAUAACAUGAUGACAUUGUCAUCGAUUCCUGGUUGUACCUAAUCAUUUCUUUACCAAAUAAUUUUUGAAUAUUUUAAAUGAAAAGUGAAAGUUAUAUCCACUUAUUUGCUUUUGUCACAUUUUAUGAUUGGCUAUUCAAAAAAAAGACUGUAGUGCCUAUAAUGUUAA